AUGGCGAGCCGGAUGCUUGCCGACGCUUUGAAGAGCUUCUCAGGCGAUUUGAGAGAGGCGGCGAGAAGCAUUUCAUCUCGCCUGUCUUCACCAACGAGCUCCCGCCGGCCAAGCCUUGCGGCCUCUCCAACUCAGGAGACCCCACCCAGCUUGCAGCGGAACAACACAGCCCCUGCCACACUCUCAUUGGAGGAG